AUGGAGGAAGCUAGUUUGUGCCUUGGUGUUUCUUCAGCUGUGCCAGAAACUGACACCCAUCUCAACAGCACCAUACUCAAUGGGCAGUAUUCAAUGAGCCAGAAGCUGCAUCAGAUCACUUCUCAGCUCAGCCAUGCCUUCCCAGAGCUCCAGAACAGGCAGAAUCCAGAGGAGAAGGCAUCAGUGCCACUAGAAGACAAAAGCCACCUGUCCAUAGCAAACCAGCCCAUCAGCAGUCAGAUGGCACUGUUGGCAAACCAGCUCAAUAGAGAGGUUGAUACCAGUUUGAAUGGGCGUGUGGAUCUGCAGCAGUUCUUAAAUGGACAAAAUCUAGGGAUUAUGUCUCAGAUGAGUGAUAUAGAGGAUGAUGCCAGGAAAAACAGAAAGUACCCAUGUCCCCUCUGUGGCAAACGCUUUCGAUUUAACAGUAUCCUGUCGCUGCACAUGCGAACUCAUACUGGAGAGAAACCAUUUAAAUGUCCAUACUGUGACCAUAGAGCAGCUCAAAAAGGCAACCUAAAGAUACACCUGCGUACUCAUAAGCUUGGAAACCUUGGCAAAGGUCGUGGAAGAGUCCGAGAAGAAAACAGACUUUUACAUGAGCUGGAGGAGAGAGCAAUUCUUCGGGACAAACAGAUGAAAAGCAGCCUCUUGCAGCCACGACCCGAUGUGAAAGCACAGCAGCACUCCCAGCCAAUGCCUCUUGCAAACUGUAAUUUGUCGGUGCCAGCUAAUCAGAGCACACCUGAUAUUUCAAACCCCGUUCCCUCUCCAAAGCCAGUUAGUGUCCAGGAAGAAGUUGUCGCCCAGACAGCUGGAUUCAGAUGCACGUUUUGCAAAGGCAAAUUUAAGAAGCGAGAAGAGCUGGACAGGCACAUAAGGAUCCUGCACAAGCCUUACAAGUGCACCUUGUGUGACUUUGCCGCCUCGCAGGAGGAGGAGCUGAUCAGCCACGUGGAGAAGGCUCACAUAACUGCAGAGUCAGCACAGGGCCAGGGCUCCAAUGGGAAUGGGGAGCAAUCCACAAAUGAGUUUCGUUGUGAGGUAUGUGGCCAGGUGUUUAGCCAAGCCUGGUUCCUAAAAGGCCACAUGAGAAAGCACAAGGAUUCCUUUGAGCACUGCUGUCAGAUCUGUGGUAGGCGAUUCAAAGAGCCUUGGUUUCUUAAAAAUCACAUGAAAGUUCACCUGAAUAAGUUGUCUGUAAAGAACAAAUCUCCUAAUGACCCUGAAGUACCUGUCUCCAUCAGCAGCAUGUCCCAGGAAGCUCAUGCAAACUUAUAUUCAAGAUACCUGUCAUGUUUGCAGAGUGGGUUUCUUCCUCCCGACAAAGCCAGUUUAAGUGAACAAAAUCAAAUCUAUAACAAAGGAGAUAUGCCCAUGAAAGAGAAAGAAGUCUUGGGGAAGCUCCUUUCGCCCAUUUCUGGCAUUGGCCACAGUAUUGCUGAAGGGGAUAAACAUUCUUUAUUGGGCUGUCUCAAUCUGGUGCCUCCUCUAAAAUCCAGCUGUAUAGAAAGGUUACAAGCCGCUGCCAAAGCGGCAGAGAUGGAUCCAGUAAACAGCUAUCAGGCCUGGCAGCUUAUGGCAAGGGGAAUGGCCAUGGAACAUGGCUUUUUGUCUAAAGAGCAGCAGAUACAGCGCAGCCAUGAAGACACUUUGGCAAAUGCUGGAGUUAUGUUUGAUAAGGAGAAGCGGGAGUAUGUGUUAGUAGGAGCAGAUGGCUCUAAGCAGAAAAUGCCUGCUGAUUUGGUUCACAGCACUAAAAUGGGCAAUCAGAGAGACUUGCCAAACAAACUAGACCCUUUAGAAGGCAGUAGAGAUUUUUUGUCACAUGGUAUGAACCAGGGACUCGAUUACAACUUACAAAGUCAUGGAAACAUGAAAGAAAAGCCAACUGAAUGCCCAGACUGUGGAAGGGUUUUUAGAACAUACCACCAAGUGGUCGUUCAUUCCAGGGUCCACAAAAGAGACAGAAAAGGAGAAGAUGAAAUAAUUCAGGGAAGUCUUGAUGAGCGACGUGGGUCUGGAAGUGAUCAGGAGUCUCAGUCUGUCAGCAGGUCGACAACACCAGGGUCCUCUAACAUUACUGAAGAAAGCGGAGUAGGUGGGGGUCUGUCGCAGACGGGGAGUGCCCAGGAGGACAGCCCACAUCCUUCCUCACCCUCCUCUUCAGACAUUGGAGAAGAAGCUGGGAGAUCUGUAGGAGUCCAGCAGCCAGCUUUACUGAGAGACAGGAGCCUUGGUUCUGCCAUGAAAGACUGCCCAUAUUGUGGAAAAACUUUCAGAACAUCACAUCACUUAAAGGUCCACUUGAGAAUACAUACAGGUGAGAAGCCUUAUAAGUGUCCUCAUUGUGAUUAUGCUGGUACUCAGUCUGCGUCCCUCAAAUACCACUUGGAACGGCACCAUCGGGAGCGACAGAACGGAGCUGGACCACUCUCUGGGCAGGCUGCAAGUCAAGAACACAAAGAUGAGACAUCAAGUAAAAGUUCUGUGUUUAUUAGACCAGAUAUAUUGAGAGGAGCCUUCAAGGGGCUUCCUGGUAUUGAUUUCCGAAGUGGCAUGGUCUCCCAACAGUGGACGUCGGGCAUGCUGUCUUCUGGAGAUCAGCAGGGACAAGCAACUGGCAUGUCAUCUGAAGUAUCUUCUGAAAAUAUGAAGGGUUCAGACAUAUCUUCCAAAGGAACACAUUUCUCUGAACUUGGCCGUGCUUACCACAACAUGGUUGGGAAUGGUGUGAACUUUCAAGGGUCUUUGCAAGCUUUCAUGGACAACUUUGUCCUAAGUUCUUUGAAGAAAGAAAAAGAAAUGAAGGAUAAAGCUCUCUCAGAUCCACUUUCAGCAAAAGCUCUGGGCUCAGAUGGUGGUGAGGAAAAGAUAAAUAGCAAGUCCUCGCAGAGAAAAACAGAGAAGUCACAAUAUGAACCUCUUGACUUAUCUGUAAGGCCAGAUGCAGCCUCCCUCCCAGGUUCAUCUGUUACUGUGCAAGACAAUAUUGCCUGGCAUGGCUGCUUAUUUUGUUCCUUUACCACUUCAUCUAUGGAACUAAUGGCUCUGCACCUCCAAGCCAAUCACCUGGGCAAAGCUAAACGUAAAGACAACAUCAUAGGGAACAACAAAGACCAAUCUAGAGAAGCUUCGGCCUCAGUUAACAAAGUAAGCUUGCUCUCCUCUUCUGUGCAGCCCAGCAAGGAGGCAGUGGUUUCAAACAUGCUGAGCCAGCUGGACUCAGCUUCUGAGAAAAUGACCCAUGGACAAAAUAAAGAGACCCUGGGAGAGCAAAAGAGUGGUGCCUGGCCCAGCCACAUGGAAUCCACUUUUUGUAAUUUUACAACAGACUUCUAUAAGCAGUUUGGUGUUUAUCCUGGUGUUAUUGGCACAGGAACACAAAAUUCUUGCACCAGUAAUGAAUCUGAAAUAAAAACACAAUCUGAAGAUGACCCAAAUACUCUGCUCUCUGACUCUGUAAAUAAAAGUGCUACUGACGACCUUUCUGACAUAGCUUCAUCUGAGGAUAUGGAAUCUUCCAAGGAAGAAAACAUUGAAGAUGAGGACAUUGACGCAGAACCAGAUAUUAUGAAUAAGCAGUUGUCUGCCCUAAAUAAAGAAAAUAGUGAAGGAGGCGACAAUAUGCAAAGUGCAGCCACCUCACAGCCAGCACAAGGGCUCGUAUCACCACUGCCACAAGCAUCAGAAAAGCAGUGGCACCCCCAGAGUCUUCUGUCCUCCCAUGAAACUGCACAAGGAGUGAUGAAACCCGAACAAGUUCAGGGCCCACAGGUCCUGGAGAAGCAGAUGAACAUGUUGUCAGUCCUAAGAGCUUACAGCUCUGAUGGCUUAGCAGCCUUUAAUGGACUUGCAAGUAGCACAGCAACUAGUGGAUGUAUCAAGAGACCUGACUUGUGUGGUCACAGGCCUUUCCAGUGCAGAUACUGCCCGUACAGUGCCUCUCAGAAGGGAAAUCUGAAGACCCAUGUUCUCUGUGUCCAUCGCAUGCCUUUUGACAACAGCCAGUAUCCCGACCGCAGGUUCAAGCGCUCCAGAGUUGACUCCGAAGCUUCUGGGAAUUUGGAGGAACCUGCAGCUGUCAAACUGGGGAGCUCGGCAGAGCUAACGGAGGAGGGCAGCAAGGCCCAGGAGUGA